AGUUGUCUGUCAAAUAAAAAAAAAAAAAAAAACGAUUGCGUUCUGCAACUACUUGUCUCUCCCCCAUCAUCAAUUAACACGAAAAUACUAUUUUUUUUCGCAAAAAAUCAAAUUAAAAAAAAUUCCAUCUCCCAAAAACUAUAAAUCAUCAAAAAUAAUAACCAAUAUUAAAUACAAAUCAAAGAUCUAGCCAAUUCCAAUCAAAAUCUCUCAAAAUUGCAAUUUUCGUUUUCCUCCAAGACGACGACGAAAAAAAAGUCUGUCUCGCGAAAGAAAAUUGACUCCGUGGUGUGUGGAUUCCAUUCGUACAAAAAAAAAAUUGUGUGUUAAAUUUUACUGGCGGCAGUACAGCAGCAAAGCAAACUUUACAUAUAUACAAAAAAUUUUAUUUCCAUGGAAAAAAUUAUAAAAUUAAAAUUGAAAAAAUCCAUGAAAAAAGGACAACAAUUUGGUUAAAAAAUUUAUUCCAAACAAAUCAAUUUUUAGGUAUUUUUUUUUAUAAAAUUUACUUUCGUUUUAGGGGAAAACUUGAAUUUCUUGUUUUUUUGAGAAAAAAUAUUUUUCUAAUUUUUUUUUUCUUUUUCGAUCGAAAAAAAGGAAAAAUUGUUGCGAAAAUUUUCUUCUGCAUUUUAUCGUCGUUGUCGUAGUCGACGAAAGUCUCGGUGUUGUUGUCGUUGUCAUAUAUUCAUUGGUGUCGCUGCUGUCGCGCGAGUGUGUUAGGAGGAUUUUUGUGUUUCCUCUUUUGGCUCUGCUGGCAUCCAUCGUCCCCCUUUUUCCUCAUCUUCCUUCCAAAUCGUUGUCAUUCGUCGUGGUGCUCCUUUUAUCUGGGCAAGACUUUGACUCCAGCGCGAGAGCUUGUCAAUGCGUGGAACAGCUUUGGCGGCGACCUCGUGAUUGCCACCAUCAUCAUCGACAACGACGACAAACAGUGACGACAGCAAAAAAUGUCUGAAAUCAAGCGAGUUGCCUUCACUACCAUCAGCAGCAGCACCAGCGCCAGUUUAAAUGGCCCUGGUGGUGGUGCAUCGUCGUCGUCGUUGUUGUCGUCUGCUUCGGCAUCUGGAGGAAAUGGUGCCAUUUCGUCGAUGUCGAUGGCAACUUCGAGUGCGGCGCUUCAUCGAUUUGGUGUACCGGAUCCACCAGUGACGUCACAAAAGUCCACUGGUGGAUCAUCGACGACGACGACGACCACAUCAAAGCUUAAUAAGACCAUCCGCCUGAAUAUGGAACUGUUUGCAUCCAAUUCGAACUCCUUCCCGGAAUUCAACUAUUCCAAGUUGAUUCAUUUGGAAAAGAAAAAACUGAAGAAACUCAAAAGCAACAAACAACAAAAUGGUUUCUCUGAUCCGUUUGAAGAGAACGACGAUGAUGUUGCUCGAAUAGCUAAAGAAUUAGAAAAGAAGUAUGGCACAACUUAUGCCAGUGGAAGAGGAAGAAGCAAAAAGGACGAUUUCUGUGAUAUCGGCCUAGGAUAUGAUGAAAAUGAUUCCUUUAUUGACAAUACCGAAGCUUAUGAUGAAAUAAUACCAGAGGAGGUAGAAACUGUAGAAGGAGGAUUUUACAUCAAUUCCGGUGCAUUGGUAUUUAAGCAACUAUCUUGUACAGAAAAAACCGAUGAAAUAAUCAAAAUGCCAAACAAAACAAGAAAGCGAGCACUAUCUACAUCCUCAGAAGAAUCUGGAUCUUCUGAGGAUGAAAAAGAUGCUGACAAAGAAACUGAUGGACCAACAACAACAACAACAAAAUCUACAUCCGCAGUUGCCAAUCCCCAACAGAGUGCAAUUUCCAAAAUGAGCACUAAUAGUAGUAAGCAAAAGACUGCUCUUCCAACGGAAAAACGCCAUAAGACUAGUUCCGACAAAGAAAGCAGCAGCGAUAAAGAGAAAUCAUCAAAGAGUAAAUCUUCUGCAGGAACAUCAGGAGCUACAUCUUCGGUGACUUCGCUGGCUUCUGGAUCACCCAAAAAUGAUGACAUUGCUUCAGAAUCAAGCUCGAAGGAUAAAACACGUGUAGACCGGACAACGGUCAAGACAACAACUGUUAAAGAUAUGCUCAAAGCAAAAAGAGACAGUUUCUUGAAAAUGCAAGAGGAAGAGCUGAAAACAAAAACAUCAAAUGGUGACGCAAAGGCUACUACAACGUCCACCGAAGAUUUAUCUGGAUCUGAUUCGUCCAGUGACGAAAGUGAUUCAAAUCAAGAACCCAAUGCAAAGAAAUUAAAGAAAACUGAAGAGGAUGGUGAUAAAUUGCGACCAAGCGAUACAGAGUUACCCGAUCUUAGCUAUGAGCUUAUGAGGGACGUAGAAAAUAUAAAAGACACUGCCAAAGCUAGUAAUCGGACUGGCAAAAAAUUCCAAUUUGAUGAUAAACUUACUGAAAUAUUUUUGAGUGUCGAUGAUAGGUGUUUGUGUUUGGAUAAAAAUGUUCGAAAUAAUGUAUUUGCGCAUUUGGAAUAUCAACUUUCACUGCCAAAGUAUUUCCUACUGCGAAAAGCUAAACAGUUACGAAUCAAUCAAGAAAAGACAAAAACUAAAAAAGCUUUUGUUAAGCUUCGGAAGGCAGUCUCUGAAAUUAUGCAAAGUAUUCAUCAGCAGUAUCAAACAAAUUUAACAAAAUACGAAGAGUUUCAAGCUCUUAACCCAGGUGCAGAUAUGCAUAAACUAGAAAAUGCUCCUAAAAUGCCCAAAAAGAGAUUCCAAUGGAAUGAUACCACAAGAUCUCUCUUGUACGAACUCUAUCAAGUACGCUGGAUGUCCUUCACAGUCCUCCGCACUCGCAAAGAAUCAUUUGAAGAUUUUGUCAGUAAUUUUCUCAAAGAAAAAGUCAUAAACAUCUGGCCAAGUGGUUGGAUGAAAUUAGAAGAAAUCAAACGAGAAAUCGAGAAAAAGAAAAAUGCACCCAAAAAACUGAAAGAGAACAAAAAACCCGAAGAAUCUCUACCAACAAUAACUUUGCCAGAAAAAUCACAUUUGCUAAAUCCGGAUACUGCUAUGAAUUCAGGUAGCAAGCUAUCAAUAAACACAGGCGAUAAUCAUGCAACAGUAUCAUCAAAUGAGCCCACAACAGCAAAUCUUAAACCAAAUGAUAUGACAAAAUUAUUGCCAGCACAUAGUAAUUCUUCAUCAACUGAACACUUGCAUUCAUCAAAGGCAUAUUCGUCGUCAUCGUCGUCUGGCAAACUCCAUCGUUCAACUACAAAUAGUCCUCUGAAUCUUUGCAGCAGUCAAAGCAGCUCGAAGGGUGAAAAAUCUUCAAGUGGAUUCGUAAUCAAUAACAACAAUAAUGCCAACCCUAACCAAAACUUAAACAGCAAUAGAUCAUCAUCAUCCACCGGAGUUGUAAAUAUUUCAAACAAAAUCCCCAUUGAUCUGGUUUCUCCCUCCAAACGAACUGAUCACAGCAUAAACAGUAUAAUGUCAUCCCCAUCGUCAACUUCCUCCUCGGUAUCGACUACGCCGCAACCGCAACAUUCCGCCGGUGCUAUGGGUAGCUCAUUAAACAUGGAUAACAACACUCAUGUGAUUAACAUUGACAACUUCAAAUCCGCCUCCGAAAUAAUAAAUACGUCCAACCAGCUCAUCAACCACACCAGCAAAACUCAUUCACAGAAUGAACGCCAAAAAGGUCGUUCUUCUGGUCUUGAUGUACACCCGCACAAUCAUCCUCCCUUGAAGACAGAAUUCAUUCGUCGGGACAGCAGUAGUGAGUCGGAUGGUGUUGAAAUUGUAGGCGUCUAUCAAGCUCGGAGCUCUGUGCCCUCACUGCCUGUUGUUAAUAAGAAUAAAUACAAGAAAUCAAGCCAUCAUGGAAGUCGAAGUGAUUCGCCAGGUUUGCAUGACAAACUUAAGACUGCCGCCGUUGCUUCGAAGAAACCACUCGAGUGCACAGAUCUGGAUGUAAAUAAAAUAAUGAAGGCUCUUAAAGAGCUUGAGGAACUACAACAAACUGGCAAUUAUGUGCCCGACAUAUCGUCUUUCACGAACAGCAAUCACAAUGCAAAUACAUCACCACUCGCCUACGGAAAAGACUUGACCCAAUGACAAGAGUAUUACAAUCCCGCGACAGCUGUACUGCUCUCAUCACUUUAUGAUAAUUUUUCCUCGCGCCUUUAGAGCACGAAUCAGUCACAUAUGGCCCCUUUGAAUAGGGGCAUCCUACGAUUAAUGCGUCCGCAACAGUCCUAAACCUAAACCCAUAACCUAUAACUUCCCACCCUAACUCCCCACUAUUAUUAUUAUUAUUGUUUAGAAUUAUUUUUCCUAUUUUUCAGAAUUUGUGAUUUUCUUUUUCUUAUACAUACAGAACUUUAACCUCAUACAUAAAUGAUGAUGAUUUUUUUUUGGCAUUCCUUUCGCAAGUCCAACUUUUUAUUUAUUUUUAUUGUUUUGGUCUUUGUUGCGUUGGAAAAUAAAAUAAAAGAGAAAAAAAAAUGUUUUUAGUUAUCUUCGUGAGCAUCUUGCGUUAUAAAAUGUGUUUGUUAUAUUAAAAAAAAAAAGAAAAUUAAUUAUUAUAAUUUAAAUUUAAAACAAAUUUAUAAGAUUAUACACAAAGAAAUAAAAAUUUAAAAUAAAAAAAAAAAGUAAAAAUAUAAAAAAUAGAAAGAGAAAAAGAAAAAACCACUUCUUCAAACUAUGUAAAAUGUUAUGAAAAAUUAUUUACUAAACAUUAAUACAUUUUGUAAAGAUAUUUAUAAUUUAAGGAAUAAAAUAUUAAAAUGCAUUAAUCGUU